AUGAUCAAGACACUCAUAUGUGUAUUGUUGCUAUUGUUUAUUACCAGUAGUGCUGUUAUCAGUGCUGCUCCAAAACCAAGCUUUUCUAUUGGAAGAAUUCUUGAUAAUAUUCCAUUUUACAUGCCUGCCAGUACAACCCAAGAUUCUGAGGGAAACCUCUUUAUUGCUGAUACUGGCUACAAUGUUAUUCGAAAGAUUGAUACCAACAACGUUGCUACAAUCUUUGCAGGAAUUCAAAGUAUGCAAGGAGCUUAUUCUGGAGAUGGUGGUCCUCCAACAGGUAUUAAAAUGUUUUCUCCAUAUUACAUGGCAUUUGCUUCUAAUGGAGAUUUGUACUGGACAGAAUCGAAUAAUUGUAUUAUCAGAAAGUAUUCUAAAGUUGAUGGAAUAGUUACCACAAUCGCUGGUAUUGCCCUCCAAUGUGCAGACGGUGGCGAUGGUGGAUUGGCAAGUGUUGCAACUUUGAGAAAUCCAACUGGUUUGACAUUUACUGCAAAUGGUGAUUUGUUGGUUGCUACUUCACUUUCUAUUAGAAAGAUUGAUGUAAAUGGAAUCAUUACUACUCUUACAUACCCAAAUCCUCCAAAUGAAUGUGAUUAUAGUGGAGAUGGUGGCUUGGCAUCCAACGCCAGAGUCUGUGGACCUCAAGCUCUUCUCUACCACGCUCCAACAGGUGACAUUUACUGGGCCGAGUACGGAACUAACCGUAUCAGAAAAAUCACAUCUUCUACCAAUAUUAUUUCCACAGUUGCAGGCACAGUCAUCUAUUUAGGAUAUUCAGGUGAUAAUGGACCUGCAAAUCAAGCUCAAUUAUCAGGUCCGUAUGGAAUGGUAAUCGAUAAAGCUGGAAAUCUUUACUUUACAGAAGUUUGGGGAAUGAGAAUUAGAUUUGUGAGUGCUCAAUCUGGAAAUAUUUCAACAAUUGCUGGAAAUGGACAAAAUGGAUUCAGUGGAGAUGGAGGUGAUCCAUUGAAUGCUGCUCUUGGUUAUGUCAGUGGAAUUUCUCAAUUGAAUGAUGGAUCUUUGAUCUUUACUAGUCAAAAUAGUGUUGUGAGAAAGUUGGGUCCAAGUUGUUCUAAUGGAAUGGUUUACAAUAAGAAUAAUGGUGGAUGUGAAUGUCCAACUGGUUACAAAUUCACACCAGAUCAAAGUGCUUGUGAAGUGGUUUGCGCAUGGCCAAAUGGCGUUGUCAAUGGUCCAACUCCAAUAGUUUCGUCCAAUUUAUUGGCCAAUGGAAUUGAAUUGUCUGUCAAAUUUGCAAGAACUGAUGCUACAAGUUAUGCUCAUGUUAUGAAAAUUGGCAGUUUCAAUUUCAAUGCUGCUAGUUGUGUCUUGUCUGGAAGUGAAAUUGCUCUCACUUUGACAAAUAGUUCAAGUUGUACUGAUUCGUAUACAACUGGAUUGAUUAGUUUCGAUUCUCUAAUUGCAAAUCCAUCAGUUUCUCAAAUUCAAUUGACUUCCAAUGUCGCAGUCACAGAUUACAGAGCUCUCAUGUAUUUUGCUGUAAAUGUCACUUUGGAACAAGGUAUUCCAGAAAAUAGAAUCGUCCACAUUCCACUCAAUGUUGAUUAUCAAAUAAUUGUCCAACCAACAAUCAAUGGAACCUUACAAGCAACAAUGUCACUUUCAGAUACAAAUGGACAAAGUCAAACCAAAUUCACAACCAAUGACAAGGUCAAUGUUAACAUUCUUUCAGGAACUUCUUUGGGAUCUAACAAACUUUCCAUCUCUGAUGCUUUUUUCUGUUGUUUUAAGCAAUUCACUGCUUCCAUUAGUUACAAUCCUUCUCAAGGUCAAUUUGGAUGUUCAAAAUAUGAUUCUGCCACCAUGGAGGUUUGGUCAACUUUGAUUGCCAAUUCUGCUGCUUCAGGUAAUCUUCAAACUGUGUUGAACCCAAGCUCUGGUAACACUGCUAGUUUCUCCUUCCAAUUAUUGUCCUCUAUUUUCCCAGCUAAAGAAUCUCCAUACUCUACUUCAUGUUUCAUUCAAUCAAAUGUUGGAAUUUCACCAAGUGUUAGAAGUGUUUCAGUUAUUUCUUCUGUAAAUCCAACCGAAGUUGAUUCCAUGUUAGUUGUUAAUAUUCCACAAGGCACCAAAGUUGUUUCCAAAGCUUCAUCUGUGAUUUAUUCAACAUUCUUGAUAGCUCUCUUGUUUGUGAUCAUGUUUAGUUUGUAA